UAUUAAAAUGGCUGAUAAGAUGAGCCGGAAAGGCUCGCGCGCGGCUCGAGCUUCUCUUCCUCCCCGGCAGGGAGCGAUAACGCGGCUCUAUCUGAAGCCGAGGUGGAUGUCAAGUGGAUAUGUUCGCUCAAGACAUGUUUAUUUACAAGCGCUUCAGAUGCGGUGACAGAGCAGCAUCAGCACCGGGUCACCAUCUCCGCUCAGGUGUGACGGACUGUCUGCAGGAUGGAUCUGAAAGAUUAACUAACAGAAACUGCCAAGAUGCCGUUUAGAAGAAGAGCUCGAGCUUUGUCUGCUUCUGGAAGAUUGGACACUCGCGGAGGAAGCAGCGUCCAUUCAGGCCUUCUCUCCGUGGAUGGCGGCACUGGUAUCGUGGAGGACGGAACACAGCCUGAGCUGCUGAAGCAGAACAGAAGAAGACGCUCUCGCUCUCUUGACAACAACACGAGGGAGCCACAUCACCGUUCUACUCAUCUCCUGAAGGAUAUUCAAGCAAUAUCGCUGGAUAACCUCGAAAAGUUGCAGCUGGAAUUUGAGGAGUUUGAAAAAGGAGACUCAAAGCCCAUUGAUGAGGAACGCUUCGGAAGAAUCCUUAGGAAGUGUUUUUCCUCCUCAAACAUGAACAAUGCACAAAUUCAAGAGUUGUUUAAGAAGAUUGAUUAUUUGGGCCAAGGAGGGAUUUCAUGGGGGGAUUUCUGCAGCCACAUGCUGCAGCUCUUGAAAGUGAAGGAGGAAACAGUCCAGCGUGGUAAACAAGUGUCCUUGUCGCUGCCUGCCACCAUGAGAGUUCUUAAUCAAAGCAGCCCCGUUGUUAAUAUUCGCCAUCACCACGACGGCACCAUCCUGACUCUGCGGGAGGACGGGGCUGUGUGCUGCUGGAGUCCUGAGCUGAAGCUGCAAAACACCAAACAAGUGCUUCUCGGCGCUUUUUCAAACAGGAAGUCAAAGUGGGCGAACGACUUUGCAGUGAUGAGCGAGUAUGACAAGUUGCUGAUGGGAACAGGGGACAGAGAGAUCCAGCUGUACGAGCUCAGCACUUUGGAGCCGUAUUGUCAGAUAAAUUCUCUGGACACAGUGCCGCUGACGGUAGACUGUAGCUACACCGGGAAGGACCAGUGUUGUAUAGUGUAUGGAGAUGCAGAGGGUUGUGUGAAUAUUAUUUUAAUAUCGUCGGUUCUCGAUACACUCAGGUUGUGGAAUAAGUUCCCGAUGGUGGACAACAUGCCAAGCAUCGCGAUCGAUCGUGCGGUUCUCUCAGCUAAUGUCCGAUUUGUUCGGUGGAAGGCUCACCAGGACUGGGUCACACAGGUGAAGUAUCUUUCAAGUUUCCAAAUGGUGGUUUCCUCCUCCUGUGACGAAGCAUCAUCGCUUGUUAUUGGUCGGAUCCUUCCUCUAACGGAUGUGCAGCAGCAGCUGAAAGAGAUCACUGAGGCUUGUUAUGAGGGCAAAACCAAGAAAGUCCAACUGAGCUGGACGCCUCAGCUGCGAGCGUCCAGCGACCAGACCGUCUUUUCCGUGUACAAGGGUGUGAAGACCUUUGACCUUUGUCAAAGAGACAGUUUGCUGGUCACCGGAGGGAUGGGAGGACUCAUAAACAUGUGGAACCCACUGUUUCCAGCAAAGCCGACAGGAAUUCUGAAAGGUCACUCAGCUCCCAUCACGUACCUCUACAUUGCUUCAGAAGAUGCACAAAUAUUUUCUGUCUCCACUGACAGCACCGUAAAGAUCUGGGACAUUGAAGAUCAGUGUUGCUUGUUUACAGCCAACCCCGAAGCGAGUCGGAUUCAUGGUGAAUUAUCCGCGUGCUCGUAUUCCCCCGUCAUGAAAUCCCUCUACAUCGCUGCAGACUGCAUGGCUGUGCUCUCCCUGCAGAUCAGGCCGAGGAGACACAGAAAUGUGAUCGUGUCUCAUGACGCACCAGUAACCUGCUGCGGCUACAGCCAGGAGUUCCGACAAGUCGUCAGCUGCACCGAGGACUCGGUGGUUAAAGUGUGGGACAUUGACACCGGACGUCAGCUUUUUGAAUUCGGUGGAACGCCUGACCUGUCUCCAUUCACAUGCAUGACCUUUGACCUGAAAGGCAGGAGACUCAUCACAGGAGGAAAGGAUGGAUGUCUAAAGAUGUGGAACUUCAACAGCGGCCAGUGUUUAAAAACUCUCACCAAAGUUGGCAAAAGUCAGGAGGUGUGCGACUGCAUCUAUCUGAAAGUACAUGGGAAUUUCUUCGUGAUGUCUGUUGGCCGCGAUCGGAAGAUUGAAAUUUACCCGGACAUACCCGAAGACCGCUAUCACCUCCAGAAACCUCAGCGUUCCUGGACUGAUGCUUUGACUAAUGGCCACAAGGACGACAUCUUGUGCAUGGCACACUGCCCACCGUCGUUCCUGGCCACCAGCAGCUAUAAUGGGGAGAUUAUCGUGUGGAAUGUGGUUUCUGGACACAUUCAUUGUCGCUUUGCCAGCCCUCUUCCAGCUGAAUACCAAAAUACUGAAGGUCCGGACACGAGUGUUCCGAGUAUCAUUUUCUGUAAAAUACAGCAGGACUCCUCUGCUCCAACUCUCCUCACGUCUGGAUCCGAGGGUUGUAUAAAUCUCUGGAACGUGCUCGGAGAAGGGCGGUUCGAAAAGACUUUCAACGCUUCCAGAUUCCAACAAAAGAUAACAAAAAUGUCUAAGACAGACACAUUGCUAUAUGCUGCUGACCGAAUUGGUUACGUCUAUGUCUACAACUUGUUUGAUCUUUCAUGUGACAAACAACCCCCGAGAGUGGAGAUCUUCUGGAGAGCCCACACGAACCGAAUCACAGGUUUGCAGAUUGUUGACAACGAUAGGGUCGUGCUCACUUCGUCCACGGACUUAAGUGUACGACUGUGGAGUGCAUCUGGAGAGUUCAUAGGGACUUUUGGCCAGGCGGAGCGCUGGAACCUCCACACGCCGUCUUCGUGGAUGCACCCUGCUGUUCCCUACGAGGUUUUGAUCGAUCCUCAGAGCACGCCAGAUCAUGGAAUUCUGGGGCAAAAGCUUCCUGGCAAUCAAUUGAAUGCAAGUCUCUGAAGGGCUUUAAUACUGAGGAGCCAGUGGGCACCGGCCUGACCCUUGACCUCACCCAGCUGUCAUGGAUUCCCUUCUCCAACACCAGAGGAGCUCUCACUCUAAUCGUUGCAGGUGAAGAUACUAAAAAUAGGCAGUGUGUAAACACUAACAAAAAGAACGAUGAUUAUCAUUCAACUGCAGUCCCUACUUGAAUAUUCAUAGAUGCCUGCUCUGUGGAAUAGAUGCUACUUUUCUGUACAUUAGGUCUAAUAGUAUUGAAGGAUUUUCAAAUAAACUCCAGAGUGAAAUAAGUUUAUUUUCUGUAAGCCUAAUGCCACACAGAGAGAGCAUGAUCUCUGGUAAACAGGAUGGACAUUCCUGAGGCAGAGGUUGCCAUGUUGAAGCCUUUCAGUAACCCACCAGGUCUUGAGUUGUUUGCUACAGUUUCCACCGCUUAAAACAUUCAUUUAUCAUACUUUAAAUUCACUUGUUUGUUUGGAAACUGCAUCUUACCUUUAAAAAGUAAUAAUACAGGUCCUUAGUUGAGUUGUGGUCAGUGUUGUUGCAUUUAAAAAAACUCCCCUUGGUUAGUGUCUGCCAGGCACUGUGGCUUCCUCACAUAACCUCAGACACCCGACUUCUAUCCUCAACCCGAACUAUGAAUGUACAUUUUUAUCUUUGUGUGAAAAACUUAAUUGAAACAACAAAAUCAUGUUGUAGGUCUCCACUUCCUUUCUCUCUGAAGUGGUUACAACACACCUAACUUCACUGUUUUAUGUUUAAACUUAUGGAACUUCACAUGAAGGCAUGUCCUCUCAGAAAGUCUACUUGCCUAUUUUAAUGGGUAAUAUGUUCUUUUAAAAUGUAUUUUUUUAUUUUUAUUUUUAUUUUUGUUUUUACAGUUGGGGUCUACUGA